AUGAUUAAUUUUUCAAAGAAAAACAGACAAAAUUCAACAUAUGAAAAUAUUAAUAAUUUUGAUACUAUAAGAUGCAAUUUUGAAAGAAAUGAUAAAAUUUAUAUAACAAAUGAAUCAUAUUUAUGUAAAAAUAAAAUUCAAUUAAGAAGAAAUCCUAAAUAUAAAGAACAAGAAAAAAUAAGCUUUAUAAACAAAGUAAAAAAUAAUGACGACUGGUUAGAGGAUAGUUGUAAUAAAUGCUUCUUGAAAAGAAAAAUAGAAAGAGAAAAAGAAACGAAAAGCAUUAAUAAAAAAUUAAAUUUCUUUGAUAAAAAUAUAUUAUAUGAAAUAGCUACCAACUUAUGGGAUGUAAUAAAUGUUGAAAAAGAAAACUCAUUAGAUUUAUUUAACGAUCAAAUUUAUAGUAAUUUGACAAAAGAAGAGAAAAAAAAUUUUAUAAAUUAUGUUUUGCCACAUUUCAUAUCAUAUUCCGAAAGCAUUAGUAGUAUAAAAAAUGGAUUUUUUGAAAAGAAUAUAAAUUUAAAGAAUAAAACUCAUAAAAAUUUAAGCGAGUUAAAAAGAAUAGCUAAUGAAAAUAAUUUAUGUUUAUUAAUAAAUUAUGAUAAAGAAAAUGAGUUAACAGAAGAAAGACAAAUGCUUAUUACGUCAAAAAAAGUAUUUUUUAAAAUAAUAAGAGAAAUUAUAAUAAAUGAAAAAUUAUUAGAUUCGGAAAAUAAUAAUGUUAUUUUAAAGUCAAUUUUGCAAAUAUCAGAAAACAAAGAAAAAAUUUUAAAUACAGAACAAAAUUUUUUUUCUAAAGUUUCUAACAUAGAUAAUAACUCAAAUUUUCAUUUGAAAAAAUCAAAUGAUAUAAAUAAAAUACAUUAUAGAUUAAAAAACAAUUAUCCAAAAAAAAAAAAAAAUAAUCUGUUACUUAAGGAAGAUUAUGAUGUUAUACAAAAUGAAAAUGCAAUAAAUGAUAUAAUUCAUAAUAGCAUAAUGGAAUUAACAAAAAAUCCUAGAACAAAAGACUCAAGUGAAAAGGAAAACAACACAACUUUAUUAAAAUAUAAAAAUACAACGAAAAAGAUCAAAACAUAUUCAAAAAAAUAUAAAAAAAAAGUUCAUGAUCCAUUACGAAUUUUAAAAGCAUUUUUGGAAAAGGAUUCUAAUAUAUUAAAUUACAAAGAAUUUUUUGAUGAAUUAAGAUCAUGCACUUUUCAACCAAAUAUUAAUAAAUACAUAGAAGAAGAAAAAAAUAAUUUAAAGUUAAAAGAAUUUGAAGUAAAAGAAAAAGAUAAUGAAGAAGAAGAAAUAAAUAUGCUUUUAAAAAAUGAUAGUAGCAUUAUAAAUAGUCAACUAUAUGAAUAUAUAUGUAAAACUGUAAAUGAUCCUUAUAAUAAUAUAAAAAACAUAAAUAUUAUGGAAUACAUAAAAUCAUUUGAUAUGUAUUAUAAUAAUAAUAUGGAUAAAAAUACGAAAAAUAUAAUAAAAUAUUAUAAUCCUUCACAUAGAAUAAGUAGGAAAAAAUUUCGUACAUUUAAUAGCUGUAAUCCAAAUAGCAUAAAACUUAAAGAAAAAAAAAAAACAGAAAUUGUUAACUGUAAAAAUGCAUGGGCAAAUGGGUUAAGAGGAGGAUAUAAAAGCAAUUACUUUAAUUUUUCAUUAAAUGAUCAAAAUGAAAAAGAAUACGAAUUAAAAAAGAAACAUCGAAUAAAUCAAAUUGAUUGGGGGAAAAGAAUUAGAUUAAGUGGAAGAAGACUAAAAGCAAAAGUCAUACCUAAUUUAGAUUUAGCACAUGAAAUUAUAGAAAAUACCAAUACAUACACUGAAGAACCUCCUACUAUAAUAGUAAAGAAAAAUUCUUCUGCAUAUAAUUGUAAAAAUGAAAAAAAUAAACAAUCAUUAAUAAAUAAAGAAAAAGGAAGUAAUACUAAUAAUUUCUUAAAAGAAGAAACAGUUUUUAAUAUUCCAACACCUAUAAAAACUUAUAAAUACAAUAGAUCAUUAAUAAUUAAAAACGAACUUAAUAAUUUUAGCAAAUUAACUUCUUUUGUUCCACCUAAAGUAAUUGCUGUGAAAUCAGAAAAUAUCUUAGAAGAUAUAAAGCGAGAACUUUUAUCAUUACCUGAAUCAGUUUACUUAAUAAAUAAAUUUAAUAUUCAUAAGUAA